AACAAAAAAGUUGGUCAGGCUCCCUUACCUGGCUGCCCUGCAGCAGUGCAGCGACCCGCCGGAUGCAGGUAUUGGAAUGCUGCGCAGGCGCCGUCUACCUUACAGUUUAUGUUUCUGUGCCUUAUGUAAGCACGUUGGCAAUGUGCCGCCUUUGUUCUCAUGCUGUAUAAAACCCGGCCAUUUGUACCAGGCCAGUGGUGCCUAGAGAGUCACUGUAUGAAGCAUGUCGCUUCCUGAAUAAAGCAUGUCGCUUCCUAUGGCUCCAUGUAUCUUCCAACUCCCAGAAGCGCUGGUACCCUCAACCGGAAGCAAGGCACUCCCGGACACUUGGCGCAGCGAGCAGGGUAUCCCCAGUAGUCCCAGUCAGGUAAGGGCGUUGUCCGCCCCUGGGCAGGAGGACUCAUGGCCACCACACAGCAUGUGGCACCCGGUGGCCGCUGUUCUCACGAGUUGGGCCCCCAUGGAGGGGUAGGAAGGCGUGGACAGUUCUCCGGUCAGUGUAGCUACAAGCUGUGGGCGAGCAGUUGCUGGAAGAGGUGAGAGCGCCAGCCAGCCGAGUGGGCUGGAUAUUUCUGGCAGUGUCACGCGUUCCAUGGAGGCAGAGGCGCACAUCGAAACAGCGAGUUAGGGACGUGCAGUCCUGGGAGGAAGCGCUAGAGACGCGGGUUUGCCAGCUUGAAGAGGAGCAGCAGUGGCCUGGGGGUUGAAGCGGAACCCCCUCCAGAGUCCUUGGCUGGAGAUGCGGGUGAGAGCGAAGCCACUCCUCAUCCCCAAGCCCGACCCAUUGUGCACCAGAAGGUGAAGCACGAACAGCCGCUGGGUGGGGGACGAGUGGGGAGUGGCUGCUGGCCACCCCAUGAUGACUGAGUUCACAACGUGCACUCCCUACACCCCAACUGAGCUGCGGGAAUUGGGGAAGCAAUGUCGGCAGCGUCCCUGAGAGCCGAUUCCGGCGUGGUUGCGUUUGUGGGAUGAGGGAGCAGACAGCAUUAUUUGCUUGGCAGACAAAAUAGAGAAGCUGGCCUUUAUAAUGGUGCACCCAUCCCUGCGGCAGCGGCUGCAGAACAGCCACCGAUUUGCCCAAGGUCAGGGCAAUCACUCCCUGAUGGAGGGGCUCAUUGCUGCAGUGUGCACAGUGUGGACUGAUAACGGGCAAGUUUCCUGAAAACAUCAGUAAGUGGCAGUCAUAUACUGAACUUGUGCCGAUUGUUCCUGAGCUGGGCAUGAGACAUGUCAUAUUUGAUCCCAAUACACGGGAGCCGGACGAUGAGCGGUUUACGGCCAGCAUGAGGGAUCUGGUCCUGGAUACUGCCCCCACCCCCACCCCACCCUGCGAAUGCUUUCGGUUCCUUGGUUGCAAUUCUUCCACCCUAGGUGGGGCGGGGGAUUCAUGAAGUAACUACUGCCAUGGCAACCUUGGGAGAUGUGGAGAGCUGGAGGCAGGGCAAAUUAGGACAUGAUGUCCGUAAGAGAACAACCACAAAGCCCAAGGUGGAAGUGCAUGGGUGAGUUUGAGGGCCCCAAAAAGUGAUGCGCAUGCAAAUGUGGAACGACCUCAUAGCGGCAGGGGUCGGUCAGGAGAAAAUAGACCGGCAACCCAAUGCUGUUUUGCUGGAGUUGUGGAAAGCAGUUGUACCUGGGGCAGCAAUUUCCACGGAGUCCCAAGGGGAAGCCCGGGAAGCCCGGGAAGGGACGGCCUGUGGUCCUGCAAGAGUUCAUGCGCUCUCCUGAGACCGGCUCCUUCCCUUUUGACUAGGGAGGAGGCCAAGGUACCGGGUCGGAGGUGAUGAGCAGGGACUGGAGGCCCCAUGUGAAACUGUCUAUACACUGGUCUGCCAAUGCGCAAAGAGUACUGGCCCUGGUUGAUACCAGCGCAGAUUGCAGUCUGCUUUGUGGGAACCCAGAACUGUCCUCUGGACCUGUGGUCCAUAUUGACGGAAAAGGGGGAAGGACUGUGAAGGUGAAAGCUGUUUCCUCGCCACUGGGCAUUGGCUAACUGCCUCCCUAACCACCCCCACCCCCUACAGUGUAUGUCUCCCCUGUACCUGAGUAUAUUCUAGGGGUGGGUGGACGUGUUGUACAGCCGCAGUUUGCAGACUUCCCAUCGGAGUGUUCCGACUCCAAAUUCGAGUGGUCAAAGCGGUGCUGCGUGGGCAUGCUCACCAUCCUCCUCAAGUGUUGCCACAGCCCCAAGAGUGGUGACAGUGUGACAGUAUUGCCUGCCAGGGGGGCAUGAGAAGAUAGGCUGGACAGUGUUAGAAUUGGAGAAGACACAUAUCAUGAGGCCAAUGCAGUCCAUUUAAUUCCCCAGUCUGGCCAGUGAAGAAGCCAAAUGGGACGUGGAGAAUGACUGUGGACUAUAGAGAACUGAACCUUGGCAUGCUGCUGUGCCCUAGAUCCAUAAUGUGAUGGACUGGCUGGCUGUUUGCCUGGGCACUUUCCGCUGUGUAAUAGACUUGGCAAAUGCCUUCUCCAUUGACAUUGCGCCUGAGAGCCAAGAGCAGUUUGCGUUCAUGUGGAAUGGAUGUCAGUGGACAUUUUUGGUCCUCCCACAGGGCUAUUUGCAUAGCUCCACUGUGUGCCAUGGGUUUGUAGCCCAAGAUUUAGCUCGAUGGGAGCACCCACCCCCUGUGGCCCUGUUUCAUUAUGUUGACGAUGUGUUAUUAACCUCUGAUUCUCUUUCAGAUUUAGAGCAAGCAGCUCCCUCUCAUCUUCGCCACCUGAAGUCACGUGGCUGGGCAGUGAAAUGAGGAAAAGGUCCAGGGCCCUGACUUGUCUGUCAAAUUUUUGGGUGUUGUUUGUUUGAGUAAGACAAAGGUUAUACCUGAAGCCAUUGUUGACAAAAUAUAGGCCUUUCCCAAACCAGCCAAAGUCCCAGCUGCAAGCUUAUCUGGGUUUGUUGGGAUACUGGCGGGUGUUUGUGCCCCACUUAGCACAAGUGGCAAGGCCCUUGUACUCCAUGGUGAGAGAAGGAGCCUCGUGGGACUGGACUGAGGCCACAGAGCAAGCAUUUGUUGCUACAAAACGGGCAGUGCAGCAGGCACAAGCUCUACAAGUGGUAGACCCUAGUCGCCUUGAUGUUCAUGUGACCCAAGAGGGGUAUGGUUGGGGCCUCUGACAACGGCAGGAAUGUCUCUAGUUGCCAGUAGGGUCUGGUCCCACUUAUGGAAAGGAGCAGAAGUCUGCUACUCCCUGAUAGGGAAGCAGUUGGCUGCUGUGUAUGCAGCUUUGGUAGCUACAGAAGCCAUCACAGGUACAGCAAAGGUGUUGGUGAAUACUGCAUAUCCCAUCCAAGGUUGGGUACGGACAUGGACCCAGGGACCCAAAACAGGGGUGGCACAGACCACCACCAUCUCCAAGUGGGGUGCUUACCUGGAGCAAUAUAGCACCCUCAAUUCAAGUCCUUUGGGUGCAGAGUUGCAGCAAGUCUUAGGGCCUGUGGAGCUUGUAGCUCAGGCCGCACCAAGCACUCUGCCCACAGGGGAGGGUUGGAGCCUUCGCCCUACAAGGGAUGGCCCUCAGUACCUGAAGAUGACUGGUAUACUGAUGGCUCCUGCAGAGGGACCCGUGUGGACGGCCAUUGGAGUCCAGCCUAAGACAGAUACCAUUUGGUUUGAUACUGGGGUGGGCCAGAGUAGCCAAUGGGCUGAGCUCAUGGCUGUAUGGAUGGUAUUCAGCCAUGAACCAGGGCCCCUAGUCAUUUGUACAGACAGUUGGGCCGUGUUCUGGAACCUAAUGUUGUGGCUCCCCACAUGGAAGCACCAGAAUUGGUUAGUAGGACACUGUCCGUUGUGGGGUCAGGCCAUAUGGCAAGACCUCUGGGACUUAGGGCAAGGAAAGGAGGUGACUCUUAUGCAUGUUACAGGGCACUUGCCCCUAAUGUCCCCAGGCAAUGAUGACACAGAUGCCUUAGUGCCGGUCUGAUGGCGGGCCCCCGCCACUGAUGUGGCCCACUGGUUGCAUAGGAUAUUGCAACACGCUGGUACAAGAGCCAUGUGACAAGUGAGCAAACAAUGGGGCCUGCCUUUGAAGUGGCAAGAGAUAGCAGAUGCCUGCCACGACUGUGUCAUUUGUGCUCAAGACGAGCCCCAGUGGAGAAAGCUCCUCUGGGAAACACAGCAGCUCACACGAGGGAGAGUGCCCCUCACACACUGGCAAGUUGAUUACAUAGGCUCCUUGCCAAGAGCUAGCAACGCUACUUAUGCUUUCACAGCCAUUGAUAUGGCUACGGGUUGUUGUUUGCUUGGCUGUGUCUGGCAGCAGAUCAACAGCAUACUGUGGCCUCUCUUACGUGGCUCUGUGCCCUCUACGGGUGCCCCCAAGUUAUUCAGAGUGACAGAGGCACUCACUUUACGGGACAAGAAGUGCAGUGCUGGGCUGCCAGGAUGGACAUACAGUGGUUGUUCCACACCCUGUACAACCCACACGCAGCUGGUACAAUUGAACGCUGCAACAGCCUUUUGAAGCAAGGCCUUCAGGUGUUGAGACACCCGCUUAUGAUGCACGACUGGGCUUCGCACUUAUGGGAGGUUUUGAGAACCUUGAAUGAGAAGCCUCGGAGGGGAGGGCCCUCACCAGUGGAGGCUUUGCUGCAUGGCACAGCUGCUCCUGUACAGUUGCAGGUUAAUACAAGUGAGGUCCUGUUGAAGCCAGCAUACGUCAGAAGUGGGAAUAUUCUGCUGCCAGCGCCUACAUGCUUGAAAGCAGGAGAACAACAGCAAUGGACUUGGCCCUGGUGCCUAUGGGUUAACACAAUAAUGGACUGGGUCCACACCUAUGCCGGUAUGGCCAACGUCUUUGACUGCUGUGUGUGCACAGAGUUUCCGGUCAGCACCGCUGUGGGGCUGCUGUGGUGCAUCCAUCCGGCUACUGCAGAGGACUGGACUUGGUUGCGAGGAUGGAACCCCUGGUACGAGGCCUGGGAUGCAACCUGGCAAUACGUUCUCUCAUGCAUGAGGGCGCAGAGAAACCACACCAAGCAGUGGCUGAGCCACGCAAUCUGGGAUGGAUGGGGGUGGCUCAUGAGUGAGAGUGUGGAGCUCACCCAGCUCAUUCCUGUGUGUUUGGAACGACAGACCAGCGACAGAGAUGUGGGCUGGGUGCCUGCAGCCCUUUGCCAGAACAUAACCCGAGUGCCUGAAGGUCAGGUGUGGUGGAAUGGCCAAAAGCAACAGGGGUUAGCCCCUACCACUUUUGUCCCAAAAGGGGAGUUUGUGGGUUUGUGGCCUGUAUGGAUGGCCCUACCUCCCUGCCAAGUGGACAGGGAGUUGUACAUGGGGGAGGCUGUACCUCCCAGCUAGCAUACGACCCACACUAGAGAGUCGGCCCCAGAAUUGGGAGUUGUUUAGAGCCAAGCACCACCGCGUCAAGAGGACACCUUUGUGGUUUUAUCCACUGGCUAUUGUGAGCCCCCAAGCCAGUUCCAUUGUAGUGGAACUGCAGGUGACUGGUCUUGCUGAGCACACCACCUGGGCCCUCAACCAGACCCACCCGGCCCUAGGCCUCCUAGCAGAGAAAGUAGACCAGAUGAGGAAAGUAGUCCUCCAGGACAGAAUGGCUUUGGAUAUUUUAACUGCUGCCCAAGGAGGCACCUGUGCUGUUGUGCAUACAGAAUGCUGUGUGUAUAUUGCUGACAAUGAGAAGAGUGUAAUCCAGGCGCUGUCUGCCUUAGCCACAGAGAUUGAUGGCAUUCAACGCCUGACAGGAGACCCCUACAAGAGUGGUGGGCUCAUCUGUCCUUCCCCUGGAGAUGGGUUGUUGCCCUUGCGGGAGGAAUAGCAUAUCUCCUAGUGGUGUUUUGUUGUUCCUUGUAUUGUUGCUGCGGGCUUUGGGUACAGGGCUCAGUCCUGCUCGCACGAUGGAUACUUGGGGCGAGGACCCCAGUCCCACUGGGCAUACUAGCUGGUGAGGAACCCUUAAGGGGUGGAGUGUAGGGACGAAAAAGUCGGUCAGGCUCCCUCAUCUGGCCGCCCUGAGGCAGUGCAGCGACCCGCCAGAUGCAGGCGGAAUGCAGUGCAGGCGCCAUCCACCUUACAGUAUGUUUAUGUUAUGUAUCUUAUGUAAACACCUUUGGCAAUGUGCCGCCUUUGUUCUCAUGCUAUAUAAAACCCGGCCAUUUGUACCAGGCCGGUGGUGCCUUGAGAGUCGCUAUAUGAAGCAUGUCGCUGCCUGUGGCUCCGGAGCGCGUAUCUUCUUCCAACUCCCAGAAGUGCGGGUUCCCUCAACUGGAGGCAAGGCACUGUCCAACAGGGGUUUUCAGGGACAACCCAGGAUGCCCAGGUGUCUGACCUGCAGUGGGGACUGAGCUGGCUGGUGUGCUAAGUAGAGUGAUGAGCUCAAUUUUAGGGCAUAGUACCUGUGAGGUGGCCACAUGGAGACACCUGAGGAGAGUUAGAAAUACUGUUUGAAGCUCAGGUUGAUACACUAUCUGGGCUUAAAAUGCUCUCCUGACAGGCAUCAACACCUGUCUGGAAUGGGCAGAAUUAUCUAGGGAGGGGUCAAGAUUGAACUCUGGUUGUUCUCAGUUCAGCAUUGUUUCCAUUAGUUCAGUAUCUUCACACACCUCAAAGAUCAAAUCCAAGCCAUGUACGCAGACCAGUGCCCAGGUGAUCCUGCUCAGGUCCACUUGACUGAAAGCUGAGGAGGUUCAGCUAAGCAAGGGUGUGCACAAAGCCAGCCACGGACAUGACAUCCACAAAGAGGGAAGCAUGUCUUUCCAAUGUCUUAAGAGUACCUAGUAACAUGCACGCUUGACUAUCAGUGCUGAGAUGCAGGGAGGGUCUGGGUAGAGGGCUCCAGGAUCUGCCACUCAUUAGGAUGUGACUGAGCAAGUGCCCAAGAAUCUCUGAGGUUCAAGCUUCUUGUCUGUAAGAUGGAGAUAAUAAACCCUUCUUGCAGUUUGUGAGGAUUUGAUGAGACUACAUGCAAAGUAACUGGUACAGAACAGGUUUUUACAUUUUGUAUUUCCCCUCUAGUCUCAUUUGAAAGCAGUAUAUAGGUCUGUGAAUAGAUUCAUGUAACCGCCAGCAGUCAGAAUACUCAGGAGGCCCCUCCCUCUAAAGCACUCCUUCAUACUGUGGCCCAGCCCUCCCCCAACCCCUGCUGACUACUGAUCUGUUUUUCAUCAUCACAGCUUUGUCAUUCUGAGAAUAUCACGGAAGUGGAACCAUGUGAGAGUGUGAUUGGUGAGAGGUGCUGAAGUGUCCUUGCUCACCCUGCACAGUAGCAGUGCUCCCAAGCACUCUGAAGGAGGUUGAUGAGAACAUAUAACCUCUGUUGGGUCUGGGUUCAAAGCUCUCUGUAAAAGCUGAAGGGGUGAAGGAGUAAAGAAAGGCCAGUGUUGGCCGGGACUGGCAUAUUUUCAUCUACCGGAGUUGUGCCUUGCCAGAUCUUGUUGGUUAGCUGGCUUUCGCUUGGGAUGGGCUUCUGGCCAGCCCACUGUGAGGAGAUGGGACUUCCCAGGAAUGAAGAGGAACGUAGGCAACUGCAAGAGCACCAAGGCCCCGGAGUGGGGGUGGGAGGGGGUGUUGCUCUGACAUGGAGCAUGCCCGGAAGGCCCCACACCUGUUCUCCAAAAGGUUCUCUUCCUCCCAUGGUGGCUCCCAGGGUACCUCCUCAGCGUGCAGCCCUGUCUUGCAGUGCAUCUCCCCAACUCCUUCAGCUUCUCACUCUGCUCUCCCACACUGCCUUACAUCUUCCCUGAGGUUUAUGAGAGCUGAUCCUGCAUGCUGCUAAGAGUGUGGAUUUUUUUGCAAGCAGGGACUCAAACAGAUAUUUGCACCCCCAUGUGCACAGCACCAUUAUUCACAACAGCCAAAAAAUAGAAGCAGCAUAAGCAUGCAUGAGUAGAUGAGUGGAUAAACAAGUGUGUAUAACCAUACAAUGGAAUAUUAUUCAGCCUUAAAAAAGGAAACU